GGGUGUAGACGUCGACAAGGAUAUUUUGCACACUUCAGAAUUCGGUGUUCAAUGUUGUGCUCAGCUCUUCGCUCCUCUGUUGUCUCAGCUGGUAUCGGACGACGUGCUGCGUCGUCCAUAGCAUUGAAAUAUUCCAAUGCUGCAUACUCGGCUGCCCUGGCAAAAUCACCACAGGUUCUCAGCAAAGUUCAGACGGAACUAAACGCCAUCUCUAACACCAUCAAAGAGACUCCCGAGCUGAACGCCUUCGUCACGAACCCGACGCUCUCAGCAAACGACCGCAGUGCGGGUCUUGCGACGUUGUAUUCUCGCGCGGAGGGCACUGGUGCCAAGAAAGAACCUAUAUCCGACGUCACAAAAAAUUUGUUCGCGAUCCUUUCGGAGAAUGGCAGACUUGGAGAGACACAAGGAGUAAUCGAGGGCUUCAAUGAGCUCGUUGCCAAGUACAAGGGAGAGUUGACGGUCACAGUUACAUCCGCUUCUCCUUUGCCCAGGGAUAUUUCUUCCCGGCUAGAGACUGUUCUUAAACAGUCUUCCGCUGUCCAGCAAGCCAAGUCUUUGAAAGUGACGAACAAGGUCAACCCGGCUUUGUUGGGUGGAAUUGUUGUUGAUUUUGGUGACAAGACCAUCGACCUUAGUGUUUCAUCGAGGGUGAACAAACUGAACAACCUUCUGCAACAAUCGGUAUAAUAGAUGGCGUUAGAUUGUUAGGGUAGCCCAUAACCAUGUAUGCUGCGGAUAACAAUUUACCCUUUCCUCGACAUAUCCCGUUCGCAUAGUGCAUUUUUUGCAGUCCUCGUCUGCUUGGCGUGUAAUCUGAAGCGUGUUUCUCGUACGU